GUUUAGGUCGGAAGACACCAUUGAGUGGCGGGGGCCGACUUUAGGGAGCAGAAGCAGUGACAGUCCUUAAGUCCCUGCCUGGGUGACUGAGGGAAAAGGCUCAAGCAACUCAGGGGCUUCAGCGGUUGGGCAGGGAGACAUCCACCCCCUCCCAGCGGUCCGGAAGCAGGAAGUCUCUGAGCCGAGACCGGAAGCUGGAAGCUUUGGAGCCGAGAUCGCUCCGCCUUCCCUGAGGCUGAGAUCGCUCCGCCUUCUGGAAGCCAGAGCUGUGCGUGCUCAGGGAUCUCGGAGCCAGAAGGAAUGGGCCCUGGGAGCCUCAGACCUCCUCUUCAGGAGGUUGUGAUAUUCAAGGAUGUGGCUGUGGACUUCACCCAGGAGGAGUGGGGCCUGUUGGACCCCUCUCAGAAGGAGCUGUAUAAGGAGGUCAUGUUGGAGAAUGCUCAAAACCUGGUCUCCCUAGGCCUUCCAGUUCCCAGAGAAGAUGUGAUUUCUUAUUUUGAGGAAAGAGAAACACAAUGGAUGCUGGACCAAGAAGGUCUGAGGAGUUGCCCUUCAGGAGAGAUCAGACUCCAAUUGAAGAAAAAUAUUGUAAAACUCAGCCCUUCUUUAGAUGAAACUGACAAGCAAACAUUCAUGAAUGAUGGUCCCUGUGAUUUCACUUGGGGAGAAAUCUGUGCUACACAUGAGAGAAUCCCCACUGGAGAAAAACCUUAUGAAUGUAAUGAAUGUGGAAAGGCUUUUAGAGUGAAAAAUUAUUGUAUUGCACAUCAGAGAAUUCAUACUAGAGAAAAAUGUUAUGAAUGUAAUCAAUGUGGAAAGACUUUUACAUUAAAGAAUAAACUUAUUAAACAUCAGAAAGUCCACACUGGAGAGAAGUCUUAUAAAUGUAAUCAUUGUGGAAAGACUUUUACAUUGAAAAAUAAACUUAUUAAACAUCAGAAAGUCCACACUGGAGAGAAGCCUUAUGAAGGUAAUCAAUGUGAAAAGACUUUUGCAUUGAAGAAUAAACUUAUUAAACAUCAGAAAAUCCACACUGGAGAUAAAACUUAUAAAUGUAAUCAAUGUGGAAAGGCAUUUACACAGAGGGCUCAUCUUUUUGUACAUCAGAGAAUCCACACUGGAGAGAACUCCCAUGAAUGUAAACAAUGUGGAAAGACUUUUACACGAAGGACGGGUUUUAUUCUACAUCAGAGAAUCCACACUGGAGAGAAACCUUAUGAAUGUAAUCAAUGUGGAAAGGCUUUUACACAGAGAGCUCAUCUUGUUAAACAUCAGAGAAUUCACACUGGAGAGAAACAUUAUGAAUGUAAUCAAUGUGGAAAAGCUUUUACAUUGAAGAAUAAACUUAUUAAACAUCAGAAAAUCCACACUGGAGAGAAAUCUUAUAAAUGUAAUCAAUGUGGAAAGGCUUUUACACGGAAGACUGGUUUUAUUCGGCACCAGAGAAUCCAUACUGGAGAGAAACCUUAUGAAUGUAACCAAUGUGGAAAGAAUUUUUCACAGAAAAGUAAUCUUGUUCAACAUCAGAGAAUCCACACUGGAAAGAAACCUUAUAAAUGUAAUCAAUGUGAAAAGGCUUUUAUUUGGAAGAAUAAACUUAUUGCACAUCAGAGAAUCCAUACAGGAGAGAAACCUUAUGAAUGUAUUGUAUGUGGAAAAGCUUUUACAUGGAAGAAUAAACUUAAUAAACACCAGAGAAUCCACACUGGAGAGAAACCUUACGAAUGUAAUGAAUGUAGAAAGGCUUUUACACAGAGAGCUCAUCUUAUUAAACAUCAGAGAAUCCACACUGGAGAGAACUCCCAUGAAUGUAAUCAAUGUGAAAAAUCUUUUAGAGUGAAGAAAGAUCUUAUUGCACAUCAGAGAAUCCAUUCUGGAGAGAAUCCUUAUGAAUGUAAACAAUGUGGAAAGGCUUUUACACGGAAGACCGGUUUUAUUCGGCAUCAGAGAAUCCACACUGGGGAGAGGCCUUAUGAAUGUAAUCAAUGUGGAAAGACUUUUACAUGGAAGACCGGUUUUAUUCGGCAUCAGAGAAUCCACAGUGGAGAGAAGCCCUAUGAAUGUAAUCAAUGUGGAAUGGCUUUUAAAUGGAAAACUGGUUUUAUUCAACAUCAGAGAAUCCAUACUGGAGAAAAGCCUUAUGAAUGUAAUCAAUGUGGAAAGACUUUUACACAGAAGGGUCAUCUUAUUGUCCAUCAGAGAAUCCACACUGCAGAGAAUUCUUAUGAGUGUAAUCAAUGUGGAAAGUCUUUUAGAGUAAGAAACUAUCUUAUUGCACAUCAGAGAAUCCACAAUCAAGAAAAGCCUUACGAAUGUAACCAGUGUAGAAAAACUUUUGCCCAGAAAUGUAAUCUUGUUCAACAUCAGAGAAUCCACAAUGGAGAGAAGCCUUAUGAAUGUAAUCAAUGUGAAAAGGCUUUUAGAUUGAAAAGAGAUUUUAUUGGACACCAGAGAUUCCAUACAGGAGAGAAAUUUUAAGAAUGAAGUAAAUGUAGAAAGGAAUUUACAUGGGAAAAAAACUUAAUGAAUAUUGGAGAAUCCACACUGGAGAGAAUGCCUGUGAUUGUAAUCAGUGUAAUACAGCCUUCAGGCUAAAGUCAGUUCUGGUUUACUAUCAGAAUUUGUGGGCAAAAUGGAAAUCUUAUAACUGACCUGAAUGAAGGAAGGCAUAGAAAUGGAACAUACAACAGUUUAGCAGAAAAUUCACUCUGGGGACAAGGCAUCUAUGAACUCAAGGAUUUAUAAUGAAAGUGCUCGGUGAGAACAUGCUUUUCUCUAGCAUAUGGAGGUCACUGGUGAAGGUUAAGUUGGGUCUGACUAUAAUAGACUAGUUAGAUGAGAAAAAUAAUUCAUAAGCUUCCUGGAGGAGACAAUAGUUUAUCUCACAGAAUCACACAAUUCAGUGAGAGAAUAAUUCUGGAUGAUCUCAGAAAUAGUGUCUUCAGAGUAAGGAAAAGACAUUUUGUCAUUACUGGGUCAACUGAGGAACAAUAUUUGAUGAAAGGGGAAACAUUGAUUUCUUUGAUCAAAGGUAUAAUAAUGGGGGAAAUUUUGAGGAAUAUUGUCUAAUGCAGGCCAUCAGCAUGCAUGUAUUCAGCCUACCUCCAGGUUACCUCAUGGGACAAUCAAGAAACUUCUUAUUAACUUGAGAUUUUUGUGACCCAGUAAUCCUGGAGAUGAAAGAAUUCUGAUGAUGAACUUGAGACAGAACAAAAAACCAUCAUGUAAAAAAAAAAGCAGGCAAGAAGUCUUGCACUUCUGUCUAAAAAGCUUC